AUGGCAGGGAAAAAGGCAGCCGGCAGUGUCAAGGCACAAAGCUUAGUGCAGCAGGAUGAUGAUGGGGGUGACACCAUUACCGACCCAGCCACUCUAGCUCAGCCUACAGCUAUUGCAGAUCGGCCGCCUAAAACAGACAGCGAGGCUGGUCCUUCAAAGAGACGAUGCCGCCCUCAAGUAAACGAUCCAGGCUCUGCUACAAAGCGCGGGGAAGCCACACAAUGGGAAUUAGACAUUGAAGAACGAGUGAGAAAAGCAGUGAAGGAAAAUAAUGAACAGCCUAUGCCACACCCACAAGCAACGCCAACUAGAUCGCCCCCACCGGACCACUAUAGCCCAGGUAGUAAGUGGUUAGGUAUCGAUCCACAGGCACUUAGCUGGGAGGCUACUUGUCUGGAUCGAGACAUGUUCCAAUGGACCUAUAACUAUAUAGAUAAUGACCCAGAUGAGACCGAGGCAAAAAUGACUGCAAAAGACAAACAAGCCAUCAUCGAUUACCUGGGUGACUGGUGUCUAUAUAACGACUGGGACUCACUGGUAGCCUCAUUUUCACCACUUGCUUAUUUGGAUCGCUUUCACCUACUCCUCACAGCAACAGUCUUGAAGAAUGUUUUUGAAAGUGUUGUCCGAAACCCUUUCUUUUACAUUGACCUUGGGGAAAGCUGGGAUGGUAGUGGAAGCGAUCUACCACCUCCGUACGGUAUAGAGCUCAAUAAGCUCUUUCAAAAGGGUCUCAAAGUAUCUGCGGCUGGUGCCCACCAUUGGCGUGCAUCGACAAUCAGACUCUUGAACAGAUACAAGCCGUAUACCGACUAUGAUACUCCUUUGAAUGCAAAAGAUAUCACACCAGGGACCCGAGCCUACAACCUUCGGGAGAGAUGCAUUGAUCAAUUCACCUCCAACAUUCUUGAUGAUUCCAGCCUGAUUUCACCCAUUUUGUCUCCAAGAAAGUUGAGUCAGGAUCAGACCAGAAGCCGCUAUCGGGGAAUACGAAAGUGCUACAAGAACGCGUCUGAGAUGGCGGUUCGCUUUUCUCUUCAAAAAGCUGGCUUCCAAUUCGAUGAGAAUGCCAACCAGGUAGCCCCCUACCAAAUGCCCAUCCGCAACCCAUACAGUAUAAACAGAUGGGACGCAUCCACUUUCAAUGCCCCCGGUGUAUACAAUGAGUUUCUCGAAGGGAGAAGGGUUGUGAUGAUUCUGUGGCCUGCAACUUGGAUGAUAGAUUGGAAGGUAUCCCUCGAAGUAAAAAAGUCGUGGGAAGAAAUCGACGCAAAAUACCCUCCAGACUACGACCGGCGCUACCGAGAUGAAAAUGGGGUCCAUCAUGCUGUCAUAUCAUCGGGGGUUGUCAUAGUUGAGAAAGAUGGAAGGGAACCUCCGCUUGAAGAGUGA